GAUGGGGUUCAAGAGAUGGCUGUAUCUUGAUUUGGCAGAGACACCCUCCUCCACCCACUACGACACACACCAGCCAAACAUCCUUGCUACAAAAAACAUAGUAUAAUGUCCAACACAUAUAAGAGUGGCCAUAUUUUAUCUCUCUAUCCAUCUAGACUCCACUGCAUGAGAUGCUCUUUUGAGCUCUCCAAGAUUUGCUUUCCUUUGAACAACACUCACCACCACCAAGAACAACCAUAUUUACUCUGUUAAGAAGAUGAGGGGAGGAGGUUUGUGGCAACUUGGCCUAUCAAUAACCCGCCGAGUUGCUCAGGCUGAUAAGAAGGCUGUGGGACGUCGAUGCUUUGCCUCAGAAGCUGAGCUGAAAAAGACUGUCCUUUAUGACUUCCAUGUUGCUAAUGGUGGCAAGAUGGUGCCAUUUGCUGGGUGGAGCAUGCCCAUUCAGUACAAGGACUCCAUCAUGGAAUCGACGGUGAAUUGUAGACAGAAUGGUAGCCUUUUUGAUGUCUCACAUAUGUGUGGGUUUAGCCUGAAGGGAAAGGACUGUGUUCCUUUCCUAGAGAAACUUGUUAUUGCCGACGUUGCUGCGCUUGCACCUGGAACUGGGACUCUAACUGUCUUUACUAAUGAGAAAGGAGGAGCAAUUGAUGAUUCAGUGAUCACCAAGGUGACAGAUGAUCACAUGUACAUAGUUGUGAAUGCAGGGUGUAGAGAUAAGGAUCUUGCUCACAUCGAGGCUCAUAUGAAGUCAUUCAAGGCAAAGGGUGGAGAUGUCUCAUGGCACAUCCAUGAUGAGAGAUCUCUUCUUGCCCUCCAGGGUCCUCUUGCUGCCCCUGUUCUCCAACACCUGACAAAAGAGGAUUUGAGCAAGGUAUACUUUGGGGAGUUCCGUAUUACAGGCAUCAAUGGAGCGCGCUGCUUUAUUACUAGGACAGGGUACACUGGUGAAGAUGGAUUUGAAAUUUCUGUUCCUUCAGAGAAUGCAGUGGAUCUUGCCAAAGCAAUCCUAGAAAAAUCUGAAGGAAAAGUAAGGUUGACAGGGCUUGGUGCUCGGGACAGUCUCCGACUUGAAGCUGGGCUGUGCUUAUAUGGUAAUGACAUGGAACAGCACACAACACCAGUUGAGGCAGGACUGAAUUGGGCGAUAGGGAAGAGAAGGAAGGCAGAAGGCGGCUUUCUGGGUGCUGAAGUAAUACUCAAACAACUUGCAGAAGGUCCAAAAGUCAGGCUUGUAGGAUUUACCUCUACUGGUCCCCCUCCUAGAUCCCACAGUGAGAUUCAGGAUGAGAAAGGGACUAACAUUGGAGAAAUUACUAGUGGAGGAUUUAGCCCAUGCCUCAAGAAAAAUAUAGCCAUGGGGUACGUGAAAUCUGGUUUCCACAAGACAGGCACCAAAGCGAAAAUACUGGUACGUGGGAAGGCCUAUGAUGGAGUUGUCACCAAAAAGCCAUUUGUACCAACUAAAUAUUACAAGCCAUCUUAACUCAGGUUUCCUUCUUCAGUACCUGCAUUUUCUAAUUGGUUCCUGUUUUGACCAGUUUUCGAUGAACUCGAUCCACGAAAUCUCCCCGAUUUCUGUCUCCAAGUUGUUCUCUCUAUCUUGUUCAUAUUUUCAUUAUUAGUUGAGAGGAAUGAUUGUAUUACAUCGUUCCAAAUGAGAACAAAUUUCAUGACAAUAAAUGAAAACCACAUCUACUUUCUUUAUGUGUU